UUGUGUUGUCGCUGUUCUGGACGUUGUAUGUCGAGAAAAAAAAAAGAUUUUUUUUGGGCAGAGAAAUAAAAAUUUCAAAUUAAUCGAUAAAAUAUUCUUAUUUCGAUUGAAUUAAAUUGCCGUAUUCGAUGCAAGUGAAUUCAUUGAAUGAAUUUCAUUCAAGAGAAUGAUUCAAUGCUGGUCAUUUGUGCUAAAUAAAAAAUCUAAAAAAAAUAUUUAAAGAAGAAAACGAUGAAAAAAUAUCGUUUUAGUGACGUGCUAUAUACGCAUUGACGUUUGUGCUUUUGUGUAGUGCCAUUUAAAAAUAUAAGUUUUGUUUGGAUUUCAAUUUCGUAAGAAAAAGGAAGAUUAAUUUUUUUUUGUAUUUUUCAUUUACAAAUUCUAAUAAUUUCGUCACGGAGCCCAGCUUAUGUUUAUGUGUCAGUGUAUUCCCAGUGCUUUAAACAUAUAACUGGUUCAAAAUUGCCGAGGACAUAGGAUCGUUAGAGGAUAUUAAAACGGAGACCACCAUCAAUAUGGUGAAACGAAGCGAUGGUUCAGAGUCUCCGAUACUAGCAGAAACAGAUGCUGAUGGACACAACGAUAAACCUAGAAUAAAAUACGGAGAAUUAGUGAUAUUAGGAUACAAUGGUUUUUUACCACAAGGUGACCGUGGUCGAAGGCGAUCCAAAUUUGUGCUGUAUAAACGAAACGAAUCAAAUGGCGUAAAGAGAUCAAACCAUUAUAUAGUUCAAUCACCUGAAAACACAAAGGCAAUAUUAGAUGCACAGCAACAUUCAAUAUCAUACACACUAUCCCGAAAUCAGGCUGUUAUUGUGGAAUAUAAAGAGGAUGCCGAAACGGAUAUGUUUCAGGUUGGCCGAUCAUCCGAAUCGCCAAUAGAUUUCGUGGUAAUGGAUACACUGCCCGGUGACAAAAAGGACGCGAAAGUAAUGCAGAGUACAAUAUCACGAUUUGCUUGCAGAAUUUUAGUUGAACGAACUGAAGCCCCAAAAGCUAAAAUAUACGCAGCUGGUUUCGAUUCGAGUAGAAAUAUAUUUUUAGGGGAAAAAGCGACAAAAUGGCAAGACAAUGUGGAAAUCGAUGGUCUGACAACAAACGGUGUUCUAAUCAUGCAUCCGAAGGGCCAGUUUUGCGGUGGCAAAGCUAAGUGUGGUGUGUGGCGCGAAUGUUCUGUUGGUGGUGAUAUAUUUAAUUUAAGAGAAUCAAGGUCUGCACAACAAAAGGGAAAACAAGUACAAGAAGAAACCAACGUCCUUCAAGAUGGCACAUUAAUUGACUUAUGUGGUGCGACAUUACUUUGGCGAUCCGCCGAAGGACUUCAAAACUCACCGACGAAGAGAGACUUAGAAAAACUUGUUGACGAAAUAAAUGCUGGACGCCCUCAAUGUCCGGUUGGCCUGAAUACAUUAGUAAUACCACGAAAAGUUACUUUAGGAGAACACAUAAACCAGCCUUACGUUUAUUUGAAUUGCGGUCACGUUCAAGGAAAUCAUGACUGGGGACAAGAUAAGUCAACUGGUGCACGAAGAUGUCCGAUGUGCCUUGAAUUAGGUCCGGUUGUAACUUUAUGUAUGGGCAUUGAACCAGCCUUUUAUGUUGAUUCCGGACCACCAUCGUUUGCGUUCAAUCCUUGCGGUCACAUGGCAAGUGAAGCCUCGGUCAAAUAUUGGGCAAACGUUGACAUACCACACGGUACGAAUGGCUUUCAAGCAGUAUGCCCAUUUUGCGCUACACCGCUGUUAGGAUGCCCCGGCUAUAUGAAAUUAAUAUUUCAAGAUAAUCUGGACUAGUAACAUUCAGCGACGCAUCAAAAGAGAAAAAACAAUUUGCAAGUUAUGUUAAGAGGUUUCGUUUUUAGUAUCUAAUGACUCAACGGAGACGUUCAUCAUUUCAGAAGUGCUGAACAAGUGAGCAUAAUGUUUCGAUGCUCAAUUUCGCUAGAAUUCGUUUUUAGUAAAAUCCAAUCAGCAAAAUAAAUCGAACUUUUGUGGCUAAGGAUACAGUUAAGAAAUAACUGAUGUUACUCACGACAAAAGUUGAAUAAAUUAAAACUUCUGGUCAUUUUACAGUUGUGUUCGAUCGAACCAUAUUCAAAUACGAUAACACCUUAGUCUGUUAUCUUAUUCCAUUGCUAAUUCUACAAAACUUUCAUAGGUUAUUGAGGAAAAAGAUUCGUUCAACGAAAGGAGGACCGCAUCUAAGCGAUCCCCGAACUAACCUUUUACCCUAAGUGGUUUUGUAUGAGUCAUGGAUUUCAGCCGUUUCGACUGACUAUUUGAUAAGAGAUUUUUAAUUCAGAAUUGGUGCAUGCAAAGGUAAACAAAGAGCUAAAUGUUUGAGUUUUCUCUUUCUUGUUUGCUUACAUGCAAAAUCGCUACAAUUUCGUCCGAUCACACUAAUACCAAUAAACUGGCAGAGUUUUUCCUAUUAUCUCGUUGGAUGCGUGUAAUCAGAUGCUGCUAAAAGUAAACAAGCAGAUGGUUGACAAUCGUUCUGUCAAUUUGUUGAUAAAUCGAUAUUUGCGACCCCGCAUUUGAAUUAAAGAUGAGGAAUUAACUGGUUCAGUCCCGGAUUGGCUAUCGUUAGAUUUUAUCAAAUUCAUUCAACCGAACGAGUGAUAUCGAAAUACCAACUUGUAGCAUUGCUUUACAUUGUGCGGUAGCAGCCAACAAUUUCUUUUAUUCGUCAUUACAGUUGAAUUUGUGUUCUCGUUGUAUUCAGCUGACUUACCAGCUGGUCCACUCACCCUGAUAAUGCAAAAAAUUCAUUUUUGCAUUUUUGAAUUAUUGAAAGAGUUCGGAGCUCGUUCAAAAAUUAUGCUUACGACUAUCGUUUUGAUUUUGUACCUUUCCCAGCAACUGUUAAAGAUAGAGACACAACAAAAAAUGUCAGGUCGAGAAAAAAGUUUUUUCGCUGAAAAGAUGGAAAUUUAUCUUUAACAGUCGAUUAGGCGUGGUCAAUUUCGGAUCGGCAUGCUGAUGAAAUUUGUCAAAAGUUUUUUUUUUAAAUUCAAGUAUGUAUUGUAUGUCUUUAUCAAAAUAAUUUUUUUUUUGGUUUUUAAAUUGAACUGACUUCAGCAGGUCAGCUUGUGAAAGAGAACGUCUGUGAGUGAGACUUAAGGAAGAAAAAUUAUUAAAUUAACAAAAAAAAACUUUUCUGUCGAUUUUCUUUUGAAUAUGUUUUUGAAAAGAUUAAAAAAAAAAUAAGAAAAAAAAAGUUUGAAAAUGGAAAUAAAAAUAUAGUUGACACACUACCACUACCUAAUAGAAAAAAUUAUUGUAAUUAUUUGUCUAAAAAGUAAAUAAAAAGAAAAAAUCUUUAAAGUGAAAAUACAACCGCUGUUAAAUUAAUCUAAAAAAAGUCAAAGAAAAAAUAAAGGAAAAAAAAAUAACAUCACACAUAGAAUCCUAAUAAAAUUGUGCAUUUUAAGAUAUUGAAAUAGUUUAAAAAAAAGAGAAAACGAGAGAAAAACCAAUUCUAGUUUGAAGACAAAAAA